CUGCCGGCGGAACGCGCCGUUCGCCGACUGGGAUUUCCGACUUCGAUGCGACCGGCAGCUGCUGCCCUUGGCCAGCGACUCCCUUUCCGCCGAGCCUGACCUCUCUUCCUCAUCCUCCUCCCUCCAAGCCAUCCGGGGAGGAACCCCCACAUCCCUCGACGAGCCUCCUGCUCCCGUAAAGCAGGGAGGGAGCCGAGGGAGAGCAGCCAUGAGCGAGGCGAGCCCCCGGCGCGAGCCCGCGGUGGGCAGCUCGUCGUCGCUGACGUCAUCGCCUGCUUCCAACGGCGCCAGCAGGCGGACGCCCGUCAUCCGCCUGCACGGCGCGCCAACGCUCUCGCCGCGACCAGCGCCCAAGAAAGGUGGACGUCGUGCGUCCGAGUUCUGCUUCCGCGAACCCCCCGAGUACGUGCACCUCGCCCCGCCGCGGUCGACCGUGUCCACUCCCCCGCCGGGCCGCAAGCGGUCCGCGUCGCUGCCGCACGUGCGCAGCCCGUCGCCCGUGCCGCCGCCGCUGGCGAGAGCCGCGCGGGCUCACCAUGCGGCACAGCAGCAAGCCAGGCAGCAACAAGCCAGGCAGCAGCCCGGCGGCGGAGACGAGGAAGACGACGAAGAGGAACGCCGCCUCGACGAUGACGACGACGACCAGGAGGAAGAGGACGAAGAGGCCGACGGACGGGACACUCCUCCGCCGCCCAUGGCCGCAUGCCCGGAGGAAGACACUGGCGCAGAGACACGUCAGCAGCACCGCAGCCGGCUGCUAGGAGCGGCCACGGCGGACAGGAGGAAGUCGACGCCCUGCCAGCCGAAAUUCCUGCAGUGCCGGAGAGGGCGGCCUUCACUGGACCUUACCGCCGCACAGGCGUCUGGCCACAUUACGCUAGGUAGCCACUUGGAAUCCGAGAUCGCGCGUCGUCGCCACUCGGUGGCCGCGACCGCGGCGGGCGCGGACAAGCCAGCGGCGACCUCGUCCGAUCGGGGCCUCGCGCAGCGCACGCAGGCGGCGACCAAGAACCGCGUGGCCGCCGGCGUGGAUGCCCUGGCCGACGAAGCGGCACGGGCCUCGUGGCUGCGCGAGGCCGAUUCCAGCGACGACGACGAUGACGACGACUUCGACCUGGGUCCGCGCACGGUGACGCCCAACUCGUCGCCCGUCAUGACGACCGCCUCCUCGCUGACCGGCGCCCGGAGGCCCGUGUCCUAAGCCGGCGGCGACGUAGGCCUAACCGGUGUUUGUUUUCUGGCCGUACGCGGCUUUCGUUUAGGCUGGCUCACCGCGGUGGACACCCCCAAAUAUCUCAGCUUCGAAUUACAGCGCCCAAGCGGCGCUGGAAAGUGUCACCGAACGCUAGAGCUUUGUUCGCGCCCUUUUUUUUUCUGUUAACUACGAAGCGAGACGGGAGAGACCAUGCACGUUCAAGCUCGGUGUCUCUGGCACACCUUUUUUUAGCUUUAUUUUGCGAAGACGGGUAGAAUGGCAGGCUACAGUCAUCGCUUUGGAAGAGCGCACAUUUGCUGAACAAAAAUUGAAGAACGUUUUUGCAACUCUUUUAAACGCUUGUGACACGAGACGAGAAACUACUGCUCGUCCAGCUUGUGCGUGAGUCAGAAGUUGUUUUAGGAUUUCUCCCAAUUGGCCUCCUUAACUGAAACCUUCCGUUUCCCUGUGUCUCAUUGAAGACGGGCGGGUAGGGACCAGUUGAUGCUGAGCGUAUUGUUCAUUAGUGUAUAAUUGCGGUGCCAGCGGCCGCAAUCAAUACUCUUGGGGAAAGCAGCGGUGUUCCGCCUCUGUUGUUGAAUAGAGUAAAGCAGUGUCCAACACAACAUGACGGAAACGAUAACAAUGAUGUUGGUGUGAAACAUAUAUAUAUAAAAAAAAGAUAAAAGCGGAGCGCUAUGCCGCUCUCAGCUCAGCCUUGAACAUGACCGUAGGAAAACUCUGCAGCAGCGAGAGCCUUUGGUCGCCUUUUAACUCUGCUCAUGUUUGGCACUGAGAUAUAUUUCUUAGGCGAGGAUGUUUCCUGAGCGGUACUGCGUUGUUAGAGAAAACGUAUUCCGGCACAUCUUUCAGAGUUUAGAAGACUGUUUACGCGUCUGAGAAGCUGCGUGUGUGGCGAGGUGUUUCCGGCGUAAGGAUAAAAAGCGCUGUAAAAUGAGCGAAUGGGACAAUAGGAUAUCAUGUCGAGUGCACACAAAUGCUCGCAACAGUGGCUGCGCGCAUAUAGCUAAGCGUGCCGUCGCUGGAACAGCAUGGUAUUGAUACUGGUGAUAUGUAUAACGAGGAGCUUCAUAAGUGAUAAUGACAGGGUCGUUUCGAUCGCUUCUACAGGUGACCGUUCGAAGCGAUCGUCAGCGGAAGUUGCGAAGCGUGCGAACAUCGAUUAAUAGCUUGUGUCGACGAUGAAGCGCAUAAGCAAAAAUAAAAGGAAGUGAGCUUUGUAGCAAACGACUAAUGGGCGGCACUUUUCAGACUGACCGUCUCUUUUUUUUUUUCCUUUCUUCAUGUUACAGUGUAGCUCUUUUCAUCAUAAACGUAGUAGCAUGGCCAGAAAGGUAAACGUUUCCUAACCCAUGGCACCUUUUCCGUUACAACGUUGCAAAUGUGCUGAUAGCCUUUGCCUGUAGACAAUUAUGUAGCGAUGACAACGAUGCCUCUCGCAUCAUCUCGAGGCGCAUUUCGUUUGGUAUAGUCAUUCUUUUACCCUUCUGUGAUGUAUAGAACAAGUGUUUUUCUCUAUGUCAUUACCACCUGUAGAGUGUAUACUAUAAAUGUACACAUAUACGCAUAUUUCCGUUUCUUUCUUUUUUUUUCUUGAUGUCGCUGUCAUCGCCGAACGCUCUGCUUGUGACACAUAGUAACGAAUGUAUACACCAUAUAAUUUCCUCGUUAUCGGUGCGAUCGAGUAUUACAUGCCUAUUUGCUUACGAGUGCCAUCAUAAGAGACAUAAGUGAUUGACUGGCGAGGGCGCUGUUCGCGCCGCCUGUAGGCAGUUGUACGUAUAACUGUAUAGUGUUAAACCUUGUCGCAUCGUUGUGCUGCACUCCUUCUCUGCACAGUAUGAUGUUGUGUGAUCCCGUUGUGAUAUCGCAGUAGUGACCGCGUUGCUAUCGUGAACUUAUAUAUAGUCGUAUAACCGUAAAAACACGCUACGUUUAUCGUUGUACAGUACGCGAGAGUUACGUAAGAAGAAAAAGAAUCAUCCGCAGCAGUUCGCCAAUGCAAACGGUACAUUUUCCGGAGCUAUUAUACGACUGUGAAGCGUAUAUUCCGACAUAAGAAGAAAUGGACAUCGCGGGUCGUCCGUAGUUAUGGCGCAUUCACACUUGAGAAGCGAAGAGAAAGCGAAAACGCCAGAGCGACCGGAAAACGACGUUCGCGCGCGUUGAAAACGUUCACAUGGCCCCGCCACGGUGGUCUAGUGGCUAUGGCGCUCGACUGCUGACCCGAAGGUCGCGGGAUCGAAUCCCGGCCGCGGCGGCUGCAUUUUCGAUGGAGGCGAAAAUGUUUGAGGCCUGUGUACUUAGAUUUAGGUGCACGUUGAAGAACCCCAGGUGGUCGCAAUUUUAAUCCAAAUCAGGCUCUUGGGGAACGCGUCCUUGUAAAGGCUGUGAGCUUUGUCGUGCUGCACGAGUAGUUUCCGAUUGCGCCGAUGCGAACCACCGCUGACUUCUUGGCCGCCAUUUCGAAACUGCGGCCGUAUGUUUACAUCACGUGGUUUAUAAGCUGGCGCACCCAAAGUACGGCUUCCAGUGAAGCGGAAAGGCGUUCUGCUAUCGCGUGGCGGAAAAAAAUCGAUCUCUGACCGAUUUCUUUCGCGUCGGGCUCGCGGCGUGGUUUUCCGGCCGCUAUACGGCGGCAAAGCCAGCGUAUUUCCGGUUAGUUUUGCCGCUUUCGCCCUCUUCGACGCCAAGUGUGAACGCGCCUUUAGUGCUACAAUGAAAAGCGUAUUUCUCAUUACCUUUAAUUUCGCGCAACGCAAUUAAAGUUGAAAGCAAGUCCUAACGUACAAAUCAAAUCAUUAAGGCCUCCAAACCACCAACAUAUCGGUUUAUCAACGCGUAGCUGUUAAACUCUUGUAUCUUUUUGGAACUUCUCAUCUUGAAAUUUUGGAAAGCAGCGACUCUUACUUCAUUCGUUCGGUGGGGUUUACAACAAGUAUUGCAAAACAUGCAGAGGCGAAAAAUAUAGACUAAGACAAUAACUUUAACACCGAUAUAUUUCUUAUCAUUCAUUCUUUAAAAAAACAUACACGCAGGGUUCUAUGGGGAAUGUAUGAUGGCAUACAAAGUGUUCAUAUUUUUCAACUUGACUUAAGUAUAUAGUACAAGACAAUAAUGAGCAACUCUUCAGAGCUUUCUGCUACAUGAAAGUACAAGUAUUUAUAGGUAAUAUUAUACACACGAAGUAGGCUACGUGAAACACACAAAACCAAACUUUAUAGAAGUUUACCUAUUUUCAUUGCAUUGCACGAUUUGGUGUAUCGUAUUCAGGCCCUAAGAAAAGAGCACCGCAAGGUUUGAGGUGCUUUUCUUUUUUACUUAUUAGUGUACCUGUCACGCGACGUCCAGUGUACGUACCAAUUUAGGAUGACGCCCCGAAUACCUCUAAAGUACGUGGAAUGUACUUGCUGCUUCACUGCAGCGUCAGUAUAUUAAUGGGGAGGCUAGGUGAGCAGCCAAAGACCGGUGACGUGUAUAGUUCAUGUGCAAAAGAGCCUUCUCAAAAACUAACGUAUAAUAAAACAAAUUAAUACAACCAUCUAGCGCUUAAAUGCUUCUUUUUUCACAUACUUACUCUCUGACAAAGUCCAUGCGCAUUUGACAUGUUUUUAAUGAUAUCUGAAUACGCCAGCAAUGUGUCUUGAAUAGACAAUGAAGUACCGAUCGAGAGAGGCUACCAUGAUGUUCACUGGCUCGUGGUCCUCACAGUCUUUAGUCUGACCCGGUGUCGGAUUCAUCAUACAUCGCAACACUGCCUAUUAAGAUAUCGCCUGCGUGAGAAAGCUCGACAAAGUAUAGUUUGCAGGAUAUGAUUCCAAUAUUACUCGAGACAAAUCUCGCUUCUACGGGAUGUGCGAAUAUGCGAACAGUGUGCGAACAUGUGAACAUUUUUUUUUUUACCGUUGCGUCAAAAAGUAUCAUAUUCGACGCUGUCUUCGAAUCCCAUAACCGCCAUUUGUAGGGACAUGUGUACCUUAUUUGUAGCUGACUGCCAAAAAGUCAGCUGCACCAAAAUAAACACAAAACUGGCGCAAAAGUACGACAAAGUGCAUACCUACAGGCUUGGUAUACGCGUAAAACAUGACGUCUAAAACCCAGCACAGCAGGCUACACGUCGGUCAGACUUUACCGGCUGUGAAACGAUCGCUCACAAACUCCGAAGAGUUCUGUGCACACAGAGAAUCUGCUUGUUUUGCAUCUGAAUGACUCUUCAUAUGUGCUUUUAGUUCUCAAAUUUUGAACGAUAUAGGAUGUGAACAUCGGUUUAUGUUAAUUGUAAAAACAUUUGUUCAAUAUUGGCACAAAUAUUCGGAAACUAUUCAAUGUUCGGCUCGAUUCGAUUUGCUUCUGGCAAUGUUCGAUCCGCAACCGAUUCAAUCUCAAGCAUAACUAUUCGCACAUCCCCUACAGUCGCUUUAGAUGGAAAUGCAUGCAUGCUCCUUCGGUUCGAACUUAUCCCAUCGUGCGGUGGGCUAUUUUGCAGCCCUAUAACCUUCUCAUUAAUUUUAAGCUAUCGAUGCUCUCCAUUGUUUAAUUAUAGUUCACAUACGGGUUAAACUCCUGAUCCUUGUACAUAAUUCUCACCUGCCUAUAAGAUGUACUUAAUGUCAGUGCUCCCGAAGCUUUUCGUAAAAUAGCGUGAUGAAAUUUACGAACUCACACGCUGUCUCUGUUGACGUCACCCACUUUGGCGAUCCUUCACAGGAUCUCUUGUCGGUAAACAAGGUUCUCUCCCAAGCGCCGUAGAUAUUGUCACUUGGACAAGGCCCAUCCACAGCGUCGUUCCUUUGUCACGCCUCUCGAAUAGCGCCCAUCUCGUUUGAAGACAUUCGUUCAUUGCACGAAUGCUGAGGCCUACGUGUCGUCUGUCCGGUCUACUAAUCCCGACUGUACAACUCCAUCUUGUACACUGCCUGUGCGGUACAGUGUUUCCGUAAGCGUACAUCUUCGAAGAAUAGUGAUAACCUCUGUGUGCGCUGUAACAUAUAAAAGCAAACGUGAAAUGAGACAUAUAAUACACGAAGGAAAACAAAAGAAAGAAGCUCACUACCGCGUCACAUGCGUUCGUUCUUAAGCACUGCGUCCAUUUUGUCCCUACGACCGUGAGUCACCAUUGAGUUUCAUAAUACGCAGACACCGUCGCGGUCUUUCGAUUAGGUUAGGCCACUUCAGCGCCCCUGUGAAUAAAGCAUCCUCGCGGCCAUCAGUACUUCGAACGAGGCCGCAAAACGGCGGUUUUCAUGAACACAAAACCAUGCAAGUGUGAGCUGCCAUUCCAGACUCUGCAAAGUAGCGCCCCACAAAGUUCCACCACAUCGGCAUCUUGAGCCAAUUGGAGAACACGCGUAGAAGCCCUAUGAGCCAAUCAAAACUUACAAUAUGGCGCAUCUUGACACUGGCCAAAAUGCACUGAUAACCCGACGUUCGUAUCUAAACUGUGAAGCGUGGGCAACACUGAAGUCACUGCGGAUUUAGUGAUAUCGCUGCGCUGUAGGAAGCGGGUGUUGAAGAAACAAUCGUUGACAGCGCCGGGUUUUCCUGUACGGGAGGUGGCUGAGGUUUCGACACCGUCGUUGGAACGGUACACGCAGAGACCUCGCCUUUUUUUUCUUUUGUUCUCAAGUUGCAUUUCCACUGAGGACUCUGGGCCGUCAGUGUCGCAAGCACAGAUACACGUGCAUGUGCACCUACACCUGUGUUGACAGACCUUACAUUCAGUCUGUCGCUCCAGACGCAUUGCCUCAGCGCAUUGUCGUCUCGCAGAGGCAUUAUAUACCACCUACGCAUGCUGCUGCUUCGAUGUAUUGAAAGUCAAAUUAUUUGAGCUGCGAAGCGUUCUGCCGAGAUUCCUAACCCUCAUUGAUGAAUAUCGAGUAUGAUAUACAUUUCUCAUAAUCAGAGUGUGGUUUUGACGCGUUAAAAUCCCGUAGUUUAAUUCUUAGUAGGAUAAAGCUUUCAGUCUUUAAGUACGCAUUUCAUCACCUUCAGUCCCAUUGUCAGAGUGUCUACAGAAGUGCAAGUAUACCACACGCGGGAGUUGAACAAACUAUGACUGCAUAAUACUAGCGAACUCACAUGAGCGACACAAGACAACCGCUAGUGUCGUUCUGUGUAGUCUGUAGAGUGUGUUCGCUAGUAUUAACGAUUCAUCAAGUCAGUAAAUUUAGCCCAGCUAAAUGUCUUAAUGAGUUAAAAAAAAACGCCAUGUGUUGAACGAUGGACAGCGAACACAAGCGAUUGCGCUUGCGUCUGUUCAAUUGUUGUCCUCGUCCACUAAGUGGUGCGCGAAUAAACUAACAAUAAAUUGUUACGAAUUAACCCAAACACGUACACUCUCAAAAGCAACGCGCAUACGCUACAUCACACAAUAACGAACAGCGUACUGUCCUUAUAAAUUAAUCACUCGAGCUGUAAUGCGCCAUAACCAGAGUGCAAGGAAAAAGUACAUGCUUCACUUAUAAUAAGAAAGAACCGAAAAUUUAAAUAUUGGAUAUCGCCUCACGCAACAUGAAGAGUAGGCGUGGAAUGCCGUAGUCAAAGAAAUCAGAUUAACCAUGAGGCUCUCCAAAACACGAUUCUUCCGCAACCGGAAAUUGAACCCACGACCUCGUUCUCAGAAGUACAACGUCAUAACCGAGCACACGAGCUGGCUUGCACUCCCGCCAGCUCUUUUACUAUCGUUUUCACUGUCGCACACCUGUUUACCAGCUCACGGUGGAGUAAAAUUGGCGGCAAUAACACGUCUUCUCACUGUCGUUCUCCUUCCAUAUCGAGCUCCCGGUAACUAAUGCACUUUACGUAUUCAUCUCCGGCCUCUCAACGACUUCUCGAGCAUGCAUGAUAUCCGAAGGCACGUGCUGCAGACCUUAACGACGGACCUUCCCCGAAAACAACUACAGCGAAGUCAGGCAUACUUUGCAUAAAAAUUUCGUCAGAAUGGUUCUCUACGUUUUCACGGCCAGGCAAGAGGGGAAAGUUUCUUAGCUGCUCUCAAAAAGAAAAAGAAAUGGCACAGUCUUCAGCGAAGUGAAAGCAUUCGCCCCUCCAUUUUCAUCUCAUCACGCCCCCUUGUUCUUCGCAGCAGGAGCCUUAAGCCGGUUCGCCUAGAAACUUGCGCGCGUAACCAGCUUACGCGCGGGAACCGAAACGAACUUAACUCCGGCGCUGUACGCACUUCAGACUCGCUGCACCAGACGUUUUCGUCGCUGUUCCCGUCAAGACUUAUCAAUACGUGUACAGUCAUUCUACUCUUUGUGUCGUAUUCGUUUUCGCGUUGGCUACAGGCUUAAAAAUUCUGACGCACCCCAAGAGAAAAAUGGCGAGGCUCGCUGCUACGCAUUUUAUGGUCGAACGAAUUUACGGCGACAGGUGCUGUAGCGUGCAGAACGUGGAAAAUAGAUUUUAAAAGAUGCGAGAGACAAAUUAUGUGCGGAGAAACAAAGAAUAUUAACUUAGAAUCGCGCUCCACGCUGCAAGAAAGAAAGAAAACAAGUUAUGUUGAAAAUUACCAUAAUUAGGAAGUUUGUGACAUGGACAUGCGUCAUCGUGAAUCCGAGCGACAACACCAUGUUUCUAUUACCGAAACAUGAAGGUAACAGAAAGAGACCGUCUUCGGUAAGCGCUCGUGGGCUAUCAUUGGUUAGCGGCCUUGGCAAGCGACUUGUUGAGCAUCAAGACUAGCUUUUCUCUAUCUCUCUAUCUAUCUAUCUCUUACGGGAGAUUCUAGCGUGAGAGCUUUAUAUGAACAUGGGUUCUGAAGCGUACAUAAAUGUUCCCGCUUUUGAUCUCGAUCGCACACAGUCCCUGUACCAACGAAAAUGCGUCACUAUAUAGACUGUGCACAUCUCAAACACUCCUCAAUAGGGAUUAGAGAACGAAGGUGUUCUGGUGUUUGUACAAGGCAUGCCUCCUGUUUUGCUCUCACCAGUCGCUGUGUUCAGGCGCUGCUGUCACUACAUGUGCAAGGCUUCAACGCAAUCUAGGUCGAUCGAUCGCCACUGCGUUCUUAUUUUUAUUUUCAGUGACUGCUCUACAUCUGACAGUGACAAGUCAAGCGUGAGGCAUCAUUUUGUUUGACAGCUGUCUGCGUCUCCUGUUCAUAAGGUCGAGUGGCCUGGAAGUUUCGCCCUCUCUGUUUUCCUAAUGCGUUGUGCCACGUGUUUUAAUUACGCUCCUCCGGCCGCUGCCGGUCAGUUCUGUUCUAUCCGCCAGCUCUGUCCUUUAUCGACGUACAAUGUUUUAUAUUUGUUUACUUAGCGUCACGCGUAUAGGCUAAGAUGACACCCCUCACUACGCCGUGCCUCAUAAUCAUAUCGUAAUUUUAGCAUGUAAACCCAAGUAAUUAUUAUUAACUUUGGAAACUGGCAGGCGAGACAUGUAGCGGCCUUGCCUGUUUGUUAUUGUCGGGCGUUAUAUCCUCUAUCGCAGUUCAACACACCGGCUAUCUUUCUGUUUUUUUGUCCUUUCUUAAUACAAACCUUCAUGUUAUAUGUAUAAUGUAUUGUUACCUUCUACGGGUAUUGCUGUGUGUAACGUCGUCGCAUUUUAUUCUAAUCUGUUCAUAGCGUCCGAACUCUUUGUUAUAGCAGUAACGUCCCUCAUCCUGUUUCGAAUAUUUGCUCGGGUGCGUGAUUCCCCUCAGACAGCCAGAUCAAGUCAUCACCCGUCCGCCUCACCCCUCCCCGACCCCCCAAAAACACAUACACGCACACAUACACACAGAAAAGUUAAUAUAUGUAUUAACUCUAGCGUAUAUCCAUAAAAAAGAAGAGAGCUUCUUUCUCGUAUUGCACCUAUCUACAAGCGUGCGAAUAGGAAUCGAGUUAAACUUAGUUCGAAGAAAAACACGUACGAGACGAAUCGCUCAUCGCUAUCGACAGAGCCACUUCAACGUACGCAAUUACCACCCCAUAGAAAGAAAUCGCUUUCGGUUGUGAAGACGAAACAAUCGCAGUCGAUCAGCCCAUCAAAAGAUGCUUUUGGGACGGGGUAGUGAGCUUUGUCUGUUUAUGCGUAUACAGAUCUCGAACAGCUUGCAGCUUGCUUCUCGAGCUAUAUGCACACUCUAUUCGCGCAAAUGGCAGAACGAUGUUGUACAACUCAUCCUUUUUUUUUUGUCUGCUUGAACGAGAGAGAUGCGCGGAGUGUUUCGUGAGCACCAGCGUAAACAUUAGCGAUGAGCCAUGGAAAAUGAGACUCGUCGAGAGGCUCUACGUACGAGAAGGCGUUCGCUUGGUUUCUGCUCCCACGAGAGUGGAGAGCGAUCAGCAACCUUUUCUCUAUCUCGGCACAAGUGACGGUCGUUUGCAUAAUUGCUUCAUUGAACAGGACGACGGGCGUGUAAUUCUUUUUUGCCGUUUUACUUUAAUCUCUUUCUCUCGUCAGGUAAAAGGGUUUAUGUACCAAAUCAUCAAAUGAUCCCAGUACAUCCUAUAAAAAAUACGACGGGCAUGUAAUCUUUUAUGUUGUUCUACUUUCGUCUCUCUCUCUCGAUGUCUCGUGAGGUAUAUGUGUUUAUGUACCAAAUCAUCCCACUAGAUUCCAUAAAACCAAUACAACGCCGAGGUACGGAUGCCCAAGCGGGAUAUUUUGUUUUUUGUUUUCUUGAUCUCUUGAGGUUUCUCUUGCGCUUCACGAAGGAGCAUUGUAUAAACAGUUGUACUAGCGACAUUAAGGAACAAUGCAUAAACAGUUGUACUAGCGACAUUAAGCUCAUCGUUGUGAUUAUAAGUGUUUGUUAUAGUUAGCUUUCUUCUUCCUGUCGCAUCGUGUAUGUUCCGAUUCCGCCGUUUAUCAUUACAAUUUCUUCGCGAAAGAGGAUGUACAGUGUUCGAUGAAUCCACGUCGUUUUCAAGUGACUGGAGCGAAGGUGUGUUACGUAAGCGUUGUGGCAGGUGGAGCCACGGGCGCAGUGUGCGGAGUACAGAGACUGGCGAAGAGAGUGCAUUUCAUCUCGCACGUUGUUUGCUCGUUUCACGCGCACGUUAUCGCGUGUUCACUUUUCUUUUCUUUUCUUUUUUUAGUGUGCUUAAAACGUGGGAGUUGUAUCAUGUACAAUCGCGACGACGUUGUUGUGCUGUGCGCUGUGUUUUACUGCACGUUCGUAUUUUUUCCCGUGUUUACGACGCGUGUGUACGUUGAAGUGUUGUGAAGUGAGGUCUCUCUUCUUUCGUGCCACUUUCGGCUUUGAUUAACGAAGGACUCUUAUUAUGUAUAAAGUUUAACGGCGUGCGCCCAACGUACAGUGUGUGACCAGUGAUUGUGCAAAACAACUCGUGAAAGACCCCGCCUCACCCUAUAGCACACUGCGUAAGCGCGCAUCUUGCAAAGUUUAAGGACAGUUGAAGAAAAAAAAAAUGACCGCGCAUCUUUAUUUUGCUAGAACCGUUCGUAUAGGAAACGAGAGUAUUGACCGUUGAUAGCCGUGUUGUUAAAACCACUGUGCUUAUUCGCGCAGACCGUGGGAUAGAUAUAAGCAAUACAAAAAAAAAACUCACCUACUUAUUAUGUGCUUCUAAAGCUGCAGAUGCUAAUAUUUCUAUAGUUAGUGUCAUCUCCCAGUACAAUCACAAAACAUGUCAUUCAACAUGAGGCACUUAACAAGGAAUCGGCGAUACCUUUAGCGGAAUAUUGAGGUAAGGAUCACGACCAUCGAUAAAGAAUUGCUUCGUACGCUGCAAGCUAGUUAGACGUAUGCGGCUCACGUGAUAACUUCUUUUGAUGUCUCUCUCCUUUCAUAUGCUUAAGAUCGCCUGCAAAAGUACACCUACCAGCUGACUCGCGUGCAAACAAUGUAACUGAAGAAACAAGAGCUUUCUGACUUUGAUAUGAUAAAAGAUCACGGUAAGUAGAAGUGUCGUCGAUCUCCAUCUGAUAUGGCUUCAUCUCUAAAAUUUAUUUAUCCACAUGUCAGUUUAUCUACCCGUUAUUACUUCCAUUUAAAAGUGGCUCUGUUUUAACAUCACUACGACGCCAUAGGCUUGGUCUUUAAGGGUAAGUUGCAUCCGCGAUUGCGAAGUAUUUGACACUCCGAUUUUGGCGUUACAUGUCUCGAUACGUAAAGAGCGUGAGAAGAGACUGACAACCUUCCUUCGUAAAAAAAAAAUAAUAAUAAGUUAAUCACUUAGAAACUUGCCGACUAACUCACUGCCAGCUAUAUUUAAAGACAUUACAUCAGCGUGGGUGAGAACUACGCAUGCGAGUCGUAGUGUGAGCUGACUGGUUUGUUCAAUAUGACAUGGUGAGUGGAGGAAGGCAGAAACACAGCAACAGUCAGUCUCUUCAACUGAUUCGGCAUUUGCAAAGUAUUGCCAAAUUACAAACACUUUACGCUAUAAGCGCAUCUGUUUUCGGAUGACGAGGAAGUACUUCAAGCGUAAAGCGUACUUCCCAGCAUACGCACAAACAAGCGUGCAACGAGAAGAAGAUACAGGAAAUUUCCAAGUUUGUUUCCUUACUCUAUAUCCACGUUUUUUUUUUUUUGCUUUCCUUCUCUCUUCACUUCUUUCUCAGAAUGCUUGUGUCGAUGUGUUGUUCUAUUCGGAGGCAUAUGUUGAUAGCACAUCAAGUGAAUCGCUUAACUAACAGCGUGAUUUGGUGCAGGUGUACACCAUUCAAAGGACAAAGGCAGAGCAGGAGACGUGAUAACGUCAUUACAGUUAAAAAAUAAAUGCUGUAUCUUUAAACACGCUGGUUUGGCUCACGGCAGCACAUUCUUGCCUUCAAGAAUGUAUAUAAGAGCGUACAGGAGUAGCCGGCGCCUUCAUUGGUGCCGGCUAUACUACUCUUCGCAUGACAAACAAGACCAAAAGUACAAAAAGAUUUGAGACCGAAAACCACUGGAGAUAAUAAAAACAAAACAAAACGUUUUCUCGGUGUCCUUUCCCGCCUUUCGGCCAAGAUCAAAGUGUAAAAUUGCUGUAUACGCUAUAUACGACAGAUAGCUCAGGCUACGCAUGUAAUAAGAGAAGCCGAACUGACAUCUGUGUAUUAAUUCUACUGCCUGUGGCACACCGAAAUAUCACAAACUGGAGUUUGAUAGUGACACUAUGAACUUUUAUUUCGUGUAGUCUUCAUGUCUUUCGUUUACUGCUUCAUGCUGCUUUUGUGUCGUCUAUUCUUGUGUGUUCCUGUUUUCUUGCCACGAAAAUACCCCCAAAAAAGAACUUCAUUAGUCAGUCCGUACGAUUCGAUCUAAAACCUUAAAGGGACACUAAAGGCAAAUAACAAUUUAUGUCAGAGAGAAAGCUCAAUGUAUGACAACGUCUAAAACGGCAAUAUUAUCAACAGCAGUGCCCUACUUGCCGAGAAAUUGAGCUAAAUGUAUCACACGAUGAGCGCCACGAGCGGAACAUUUUGGAAGUGAUCCCGAUGACGUGAGAGAGUCCGACUACAAUUAAUCACUCGCAAUCAAACUAGCUGCAAUAAAAAAAAACCUUCCGUGCAUCAAGAGACGUAAUAAAAUGCUGCUUGUUCAUUUCUGUUUGAUUCAUGGAAAAAGAAUAUCUUUGGCGUUGCCGUGAGCAACGGCGCGCGUGAUUCGAAGGUUCCGUUUUCGCCGAACUGCGCUUCGCCCGGCGCCCUGCUUCGCUCACGCGGUCGCGUCUCAGUGGUAGUUUCGGUAUCGCGUACUGCCGCGUGUGUUUUGCGCGCUCGUGAAAGUCGCUCUGACAGGAAGUUCGACAACAUGCCGCAUGCAUGUGAUGUUGCCGGAUGCCCGAAUGGUGCACGCCGCCAGUGCACGCCGCCGCGCAGUAAAGGCGGGCAACGUUGGGCACGGCAACAGUGACAUGAGAAAGACCGCUUUCAGGUGGGUGAUCUGAAGUUCGCUAAUGCGAUGUGGACCACUAAAACGUGAUUUUUUUUCAAAAUAAGCACUUCCUUGGCACAAAAGUGGCACUACGAGGUUUCUGGACCUCUAUUUCAACAAUCAAUGUCGACUUAAUAUUUGCCUUUAAUGUCCCUUUAAUAACAAAAGUGUUAACCAUGGGGAAAAUCAGCACCUUUAUGGAUGCAAAAUACUUCGCUAUGUAUAUUGUAACUGAUAUCACCUGCCACUGACAGCGCAUGCGCAGGGCUUUCUGUACACAGACAGUUCGGGAGAUACAAUACCAGUAAAUGUUAAACAGUAACUCUAUCCUAAAACACUCAACGGACGCACAUGCCUAUACGUGUGCCCGUGUGAAACUGUUUUUGUUUUUCAUGCACAACCUAUGUCUAAAAGUACAUACCACGUAGCCCUUCUAACACGCGCAGAAAAAUUCGCAGAAAAAGAAAGUGAAGUGGGGAAAUAAAAUUAAAUCAUUUUAAAACAAUAGACUCAACAACUAUGCUGAUGUUGAAUCCAUACGUCGACCUUCUCUCAUCGUAUGCCUCUUCUUGCGUACUGCUGUUAGCAAGAAUUUCAAGUCAAUCAUAGCGGCGUGUGCUGAAACGCAUUUACCGGAACCAUAGGGGAAGCUAUCUGCACGAUGACGGCGUAACUUAGGAAACAUGGAUGUACGACAUACGCUGCGCCAUUACACUGAAGUGAACACCGUAUUCGAUCUUCUCUGGGCUAACCGAGUUAAUUGAACUGCUUAGCCCUCAGCCGUUCCCGCAAAAGGUGUUCAUUUGAACAAUAAUAUGAACAGUGCGGUGCACUGUUAAUUGGAACCAUCUUGCAGCACAGCGCAAACACACGAGGACACGUCAAAGAGCGGACACACGAGCACUGAAACAUUCUAAUGUGUAGGAUCCCACAUAGAUGGUCCACGUGCGCUUUGAGGCUUUGUGAAUAGCACUGCACAGGUGCGUACAAAGCUACCCGUGCCACGAACGUUAACAAUGAACGGCAAUGUUUGUUGUUUCCGAAUCUUUCGUUCAGCCAUCAACGAAGUUUACUGGGAGACGACAAUGGGAAAAUUUCUACUGUGCGUUUCGCUCGAAAAUACGUUACACCCGCGCAUGCGCAUUUUCCGAACUCGACUGUCAAAAGACAGAUAAAUGUUUUAACAUGCAGCAUGUUUCUUCCGAUGGUCGCUGCAACGAAAUAGUGUGACGUCGGUAGUAUCACACGUUCUUUGGAUAUCCCGCAAGAACUCGUGGGUGUAUGUGUCAAGUGACACCUGUUGAAAUUGUCACGUGAUACCUGUUGGGUGCAUUGAUGGAAUCUCGUCGGGUUGGGGACGGAGCAUGACGAAAGGCUAAGAAAAACGCCGAGCACAAAAUAUUUGGCGAUGUUAACGGUUUGGCUUUCAAUGCGCUUUGCUAUGAGAGUCGCAUAAGUACGUCGGACAACGUGACCCUAAACACCUAACCACAUACACCCUUAGUAUUGUUCCUCAUAAGUUGUCGCUAUAAGUAUUAAAUACUUGCACAAGUUAUCAGCUUAGCUAAAUAACUUUAAUGUGCACCCACAGCUAAUAUUUGUUUUAAUAACAAUUAUUAUAAGACCUCGUUUCAUAUAGUUAUUCAAUUUUAUAUGAGACACUACUUUGACUAAGCGGGAAAUACUUGUGUAAAUUCACUUGCAGCUGUACUGCAUGAAACGAUAUUAAGAAUGCACUAAAGAGACUGUUCAAGCUUCAUUAACAUUAAUAUUACUAAAUAUCGUGUGAUCGGCGUUUGUCUUGAUCCUUCAUCGUGACACUUGUUAGUUGUUAUGAUGAGUGCUGGAUGUCAUGUGCAGGACUAUUUGUUCUUUCACUCUGUACGAAAAUAAAACGGUAAACUUGUUGACUGGUCGGCCUCGGUGGGCUCCUUGUCUCGCCGGAACAAUUUUGACGCUCGCUCAUUGGAAACUGUUAGCGGAGUCUGUUCAUGAAGAAGAGCUGGAAGCGAGCGAGCAAUCGAGGCUGUCUGUACAUACACCUUUGACGUUUCACAGUGUUGACCAAUUCCAGUGUAUUGUUGUCCGUGACGGAGGAAACGAAUUAUUUAGCGUAAUAAAACGAUGUUCGUAAAACUGAA